AUGCCUUCAACAAAUUUCUGCCAAGACGAGGCAUGCCCUCCAUACAGUCUUAUGGACGACUAUAGCGAGGGUGCCCAUCCACAAAUUUUGGAGGCUCUCCUUCGCACAAACUCAACUCAGCAAGUUUCAUACGGUGGUGACGAUUAUAGCAAUACUGCCAGGCAAUUGAUCCGCGAAAGAAUCAAUUGCACUGAAGAUGAGGCGGAGAUUUUCUUUGUUCCUAGCGGCACAUCAGCGAACCUGAUCUCAAUUGCCAGCUGUCUCCGACCUUAUGAGGCGGUAAUUACCCUUGAAACGGGACAUAUCGCUUGCAAAGAAGCCGGUGCCAUUGAGGCCACUGGACACAAGCUUAUUCUUGUCCCACCGGUAGAUGGCAAGAUGACCACAGCCAAUCUGCAAAAAGCCAUGCAGCAAAAUCAAUUCUUCCCGCACAUGGCUAAGCCGCGGCUUCUUUAUAUCUCCAAUGCAUCGGAGACUGGAACAGUUUAUACAAAGCGUGAAUUGAGCAAUUUGUCCGCUCUGUGCAAGCAAUUGAACCUUCUGCUUCUUGUGGAUGGAGCCCGAAUCGGAACGGCGCUCUGCUCGAAGAAGAACGAUAUGACGCUCCAUGAUAUCUUUGAGUACUCAGAUAUCUUCUGGAUCGGUGGAACUAAGGCUGGUGCCUUGAUGGGAGAAGCCAUUGUUGUCAAGAAGCAUUUGGCUGAGGGUUUCGUUUUCCACCUCAAGCAACACGGCGCUUUGCUGGCGAAGGGCCGUAUCAUGGGUGUUCAAUUUGUGGAGCUGUUCCGAGAUGAUCUGUUUUUCACAUUGGCCGGACAUGCAAAUGCAAUGGCUGAGAAGAUUUCCGCCAAUUUUGAGAAGCUGGGACAUGAACUCGCUGCCGAGACUGCGACAAACCAAGUUUUUGUUACUCUUCCUAUGGAUCUGGUUCAACGGCUGCAGGACAGAUUCCGCUUCUACAUUUGGGAACAGCUUGAUGAUGGACGUGUUAUGGUUCGUCUUGUAACCUCUUGGGCUACAGACGAAAUGCAGGUUGAUAAAUUUAAUGCAUGGGUGGCGCAGUGGACUGCGGCGUCCAAGGAGUUUGCUACUUAG